AUGUCAAAAACUUUUUCGGCUCUGAAGAGUGAUAGAAAGAUUUGUGGUGAAAGUCGCGAUAAAUAUUUUGAUUGUAUUGACGUGCGUGGUGAAGAAAACUGUGUGAAGGAAAAAAAAGUUUUUGAAGAAAGUUGUCCGACGAGUUGGACUUUAUUAGCUCCAUCAAACUUAUUCUGUGGUAUAAUCAACAGUCAUUCCACACCUUCUAUUAUGAAUAAGGAUUUGGUGCCCUCUAUAUUUGCAAAAUUGCAAAUCAGUCAUGAAGAUUCACUCAGAUUUGUUGAUGUUGAAUAUUAUCGACAGACUACUAAAUUUGCUGAUGAUAAAAGAGCUCUUUUAACGUUUUGCGAAAAGAAGUUUUGGCGCUCAGCUCGUACUUAUAUGCAAGUGUUAAUUAAAGAUAAUGUUUCGUAUCCAUUAUCACUAUUGGCAAUGUGCCUUACAUUAACUCACAUAUAUCUGAGUCGAGUUAAUGUGCCUGAAGACGAGAAUAUUUUUUCAUUUCUCGUCGAUAAAAUUGGAAAUGUUGGUCCUCUUAAAUUAGCUGCUUCAUUGUUUUUGCAAUGUUGUCACCCGCUGUCAUCAUUCCCCAGGCGUUUUAUAAAUGACGGGAAUAUUAAAUUUUUCGAGGAUCUUCUAUCCACUAAGCCUGACUUAAUCCUCGUUGACUCGCCUCUUCUUCUUGAUAUAAUGGCGAAUGAAUCUUCAAAAAUGCCAAUCUUAGCAGAAAUAAUUUUGGAUCAUUUAGUGCUUCAAAAGCGACCCUUGAUUGCGGAAGAAAGAACGGCCUUUAUUACAAUUUUAAGGGAGUCGAAAAUGUGGAACUUGAAGAAAACGAAGAUGACUACUGACAAAUUUUGUAGUGUUUGUGGAAAUUGUUUGCCUGCAGCAAAAAUUUCGAAUGAAGAAAGAGAAAUUCUAUUGGAUGAUGUGAAGAAAUACAUUAAAGCGAAUAUAACAAGUCAUAUACUGUGCAGUCCUGCUGAAUAUAAUGCUUUUAUUAAACAUGUCAACACAAUACUUAAACUCCAUUUUGCCCCCUGCGCUAUUCUGGAAGCUGGGAAAAACGAUUAUUACGAUUAUUCAUUGAAUUUCUCUAUGUUCUCAUUAACUUUGGAAAAUGGACGGUCGUUGGUAGUUGAUUAUUUGAAUUCUAUAUAUAGUGCUAAUAAUCCAGAGAAACUUUUAUUACGCCUUAAUGAUGAUUUUACCACAAUUUUUCUCAUAUCUCGCGACGGUCCAGCGUCUCGUUCAAUAAAGUGGGUGCGGAAACUGGGAAUUUCGAUUUUUUUGUGCGAUUUUAGAUCUCAAGACGAUUUAUUUAUUUUGUUGGCAUCGUUAAUGUUAGAUGGUUAUUUCUUAACAAAUGAUAAAUUUCUUGAUCAUCGUUUAAAGAUUUCACCUUCAUGUCGAAUAUUGUUUGAUAAAUGGAUUCGUUACAGAGGAGUGCGAAUUAUCAAGUCAAAGAACACGUACACGGUUAGCCUUUUGAUUAUGCCCGGAUUGCAUACUUAUUGCAUGUAUCACCGGGCUAGGGAUAUCAUGCGCGGAGAACGUGGACGCCAUGUCAAAAAACCAGAUCCUUUCACCAUGGAGUCAUUUGGGGAUAUAUUUACAGGUGGAUUCCCAGCAGCCGCUCGAGUUUUUGAUAUCAUGACAGAUUUACUGUCGUCGAAUUGA